AUUCGGAUAGGAAAGAAGUGCAAGCAAACAUGCCUACAGGAAAAAGAAAAGGAGAUGUGGAGUCAACUAAAUUUGAUCUUGUAUUGCGACCAGAAACGAUAACAUUCGAGAAUUUCCGCAUCGGAUGGUUCUACACUGAAGCAAGAUUGGUCAUUAAAAAUCCUACAAAAAAUCGAUAUACCUACAAAAUAAAAGUCACUAAUAACGAUAUGUUUGACAUCAGGACUCCCAAAGGAUUCAUUGAUCCGGAAACAUCAAUUGAAAUUGAAUUGUUGCAUGUUCCAGGAAUCUUGUUGCCACGUAAUGAUGUUCAUCACUUUUCCGUGUAUUACAUUAAAUGUGAUACGGAGGCCCAGAACUCUCAUUCAAUUUGGACAUCCAAAAAAUCAGAAGGAUGUAAGCAUGUUUUGAUCAGAUUCCCAAAUAAAAUAAUUCGAACACAAGAAAUGAAGAAAAUGGAAGAAGAUGAUAUGAAACAGCAAAAAGAACGGAAUAAGCUGAGCAAUGAAAAAAUGGGAAUUCGAAAUCAGAAUAUGGGAGAGAAAAAAUAAAAAUAAGAAGUGAAAACCAACUAGCUAGAAUGAACUUAUCUACCCAUUUCCUGUUGAAUAAAGUUUGAAUUAACUUUUC